CAGCUACCAGUGCAGAUCUUCAGUCACUAUGUUACACAACCUCCUGUUAAUGUUGUUAAAUCGAUGUCUCUUGUUUCCUUACUAUACACACAAGCUCAUGCCAAGGCUAUCUUUCGUUGCCAUUCAUUACUAUCAUCCCAACAACUGUUUCGGUUGCGCAACGAAGAAAACCGAUGAUGGGUCAUGCAUAUUGACGCGGGUCAAAGGAAAACAUUGGGCGGAUUACCAGGAUUGGAUGGCACGAGUGAUGCAAUCACUGCAUUUUCCCGAAGCCCCAGCAGCCGCACCUCUGCUUCCAAGAUCCCGAACCGGAUCACAGAAAAUCUGGCCGGAGGACGCCGGGAGCAGAAUUUGCCUCACCGAGUGCCACUAAUGACAAUUACUACCUUCGCCAAGCACACUUUUUACAAAGUGCCUCUCCUUUAGGAUUGCUUUUCUCCACGCCAAUGCAGCAGGAUCAAAGAAACAUCAUCGACAUCAAUGGAAAGAGUCGAUUGCGCGAUUCAUGCUAAUUUUUGAACAAUAUUCUCAUCAAUCGCAAUAAGUAAGAAAAUAUUUAAUCGAUCGUGCUUUUUUAAUGUAACAUAAUCGUUAUAUUUAUAUAUAUAUUAUCUAUUUCAGCUGUUGCAGUGCAGCUGGUCAUAAAGAGGAAGUAAAUGUUUUAAAGCGAAACGCGACCUUUACUUUGAGGCGCACUCUGGAGAAUUGCGUAUCGACUCCGUUUUCGCAUCUCUGUCUGGCGACUGAUUUAAAACUGAUAUUGCAUCCUAGACAUCAUAUAGUCGAUUGGAUUUCCCCCCCACAAAUAGGAGGAUAAUUGAUCGUUUCUCUUAUUCGUCGCAUCCUUCUUCAUCUUCACCAUGAAUUACCUGCGACGUCGACUGUCGGACAGUAAUUUUAUGUCCAACUUGCCCAACGGCUACAUGACCGAUCUACAGCGGCCCGAUCCGCCACAGCAAAGCCCCGCUGCCCCCGAGGUGUCGCCCGGAUCUCAAGAGAGGCGUCAAUCCCACAGCCAGUCUACGGGCGCCGGUUUCUUUUCCUCCAUUUCCAAUGCCGUCAAACAGACCACCGCCGCCGCUGCCGCCUCCUUUAACGAGGCCACCGAUAGAGUCGGCUCGAGCAAUGCCAAGAUCCUUCUGGUCAUUGAUGACCAGCAGACAGAUUGGACAAAGGUGUUUAAAGGCAAGAAGGUUCAUGGUGAAUUUGACAUCAAAGUAGAACAGGCUGAUUUCUCUGAGGUUAAUCUGGUGGUUCACGCAACGCAAAGCUAUAGUUUGGACAUUGAGGCCAUCCGCAAUGGAAACAAAAUCACAAAGUGUUUCAAACCAGAUUUUGUGCUGGUCCGACAGCAUGCUUACAGUAUGGCUAAGAAUGGUGACCACAGGAACAUUGUGAUUGGACUACAGUAUGCUGGCCUGCCCAGUGUCAAUUCUCUUCACUCUGUCUACAACUUCUGUGACAAACCAUGGGUGUUUGCUCAGUUGUCCAGACUGUACAAGCAGUUGGGACCAGAGGAGUUCCCACUGAUUGACCAGGUUUAUUACCCCAACCACAAGGAGAUGAUCACUACACCCGGCUUUCCUGUGGUAGUAAAAAUGGGUCAUGCUCACUCUGGUAUGGGAAAGGUCAAAGUGGACAAUCAAUAUGAUUUCCAAGAUAUUGCAAGCGUUGUGGCUUUGACGAAGACUUAUGCCACAUCUGAGCCUUUUAUUGAUGCCAAGUAUGACAUCCGAAUCCAGAAGAUUGGUGACAAUUACAAAGCCUACAUGAGGACAUCUUUAUCAGGCAACUGGAAGACUAACACAGGAUCAGCUAUGUUAGAGCAGGUGGCCAUGUCUGACAGGUAUCGCAUGUGGGUGGAUGUAUGCUCUGAGGUUUUCGGAGGUCUUGAUAUAUGUGCUGUUGAAGCAUUACAUGGUAAAGAUGGUCGAGAUUACAUCAUAGAGGUGGUGGGCUGCUCAAUGCCUCUCAUCGGAGAGCAGCAGGAUGAAGACCGGGCCCUGAUUGCUGAUCUUGUUGUGAACAAAAUGAACCAGACUGUGCCACGCACUUCAGCUCCCACUCCAGUCGGUUCUCAGGGGCCAGCUGUUUCACCCCAACCCAUCUCUCAGUCUAGAGUUCCACAGGCACAACAACGCCCUCCUACACAGGGAGGUCCACAACAAGCACCUGCUAGCACUCCUUCUGCUCGUCAAGGAACCCCACCACAGCAGCACUCCUCUCCCCAGGCUCAGGCUCCUGCCCAGCCCCAGUCUGUGAUCUGUCCAAAUGCCCAGAACCCCCCUUCUCAACAAACUAGGCCACCCAAUCAAGCCUCACAGCGACAAGCCAGUCAAGGGGCCACAAGUCAGCAGAGGCCUGCUACAGCACAGGGUCCCCCCCUGCGUGGCCCAGGUGGUUCUCCUCAGGCACAGAGGCCCCAGCAAGGUGGCCCCCAACAGCAGCCUCAGAGGCUUCCAACUGCUGGCCAGGUUCCCAAACCAGGCGGUCAGGCCCAGCAGAGGUCCCAGCAGCAAAGACAAGGCCAGCCAGCCAGGCAGCCAACCCAAGGUGGGCCGCAGCCAACCCAGGAUGCCUCACAACCAUCCCAACAACAGCAGGGUGGUCCACGUCCCCCCACUACUCAACAACCACGGCCUACUACACAGGGCCAGGGAGGACCAGGAAGUGCACGGCCUCCCUUGCAGCAGAAACCCCAACCUCCGCAGAAACCAAGUCCUGAUCACCCAGCCCUGAGUGGAUCCCCACAGCUCAAAAACGCCGGCCGCUCAACACCAAAGUCCUAGCCAGGAUGAAGCCAAGGCUGAGACCAUCCGCAACCUUCGGAAAUCCUUCGUGAGCCUCUUCUCCAUGGAAUGAAACUACACACGCACUCAGAAACACACACAUAUAUAAUCAUACACAUAAACCUACAUGCAGUAGAUGUUGAAACAGAGAUGUCAUCAUAUACACUGUGCAAAAAGGACCAAUUAUAUUGCAUAAUGUCAGAUUUGUGCACAUCAAUUUGCAAUGCAACAUCGAUAAAGCACUGCCUAUACACUGCUUAAAGAUUGCAAUAUUGAGUGAGUUAUCACAGCAGUAUUGCAGUUAAAUUUUAUUACACAAUUUAUUCUGUGACCAUUAGAAACAUUCCCUGUUUUUUUUAGUCCAAUUGGGGGGGGGGG